UAAAAUGAGAAUAUCUUUGAUGGUGGUGAUGAUAUUUAGAAAAAUCAGUGUGAUCAUGUAAAAAUAGUCUGAUCUUUAGAGAAACAUGAAACGGCAAGUAGUUUCAUCAUCAGAGUGGUUGGUUGGUCUUUGGGAGGUUGAUAGUGGAUAGAAGGAAUUGAUUGGUGACUGGACCAAAGAGAUGAGUUCAUGGGUCUGGUUCCUGAUCUGAUGAGAACAUGAAGAUCAUGUAGGGUUUCUAAAAUCUUUUUUUUUUUGGGAAUUGAUCUUGCAGCAACAAGAAGCUUGAAUGAAGUCAAAAUCAGUAGUUGACAAUAUUCUCUUCUUCCUCAUAUAAUUAAUGGAACCAUAAAACGAUUAGGUGAAACUAUUCUCGAAAGCAAACAGAGACGCGGAGUAGUUACAAAAGCAUUAUCCAGAUAUUUAUUGUUGAGUUUAAUUAUUGGAGACCCCAGGGUUGUAAACUUGUCAAAAACAUACAAAUAUUCAUUACAUGAGACUUAAAAAAGGCAUAAAUAUAGAUUUAUCAGUUAAAGACGUUAGCACCCCAAAUAGGGUAUCUGAAGGUGACACAGUUCUUGGAGUGCUUCUCUCUCAUUUCACCGACCAGCUCUAAUCUCUGGCGAUUUAAACCUCAUUUGGCUCCAACAUGUAACACUCAUUAUUAUUUCUAAAACUAGGUUUUGCUUCCUUCCUACAGUUUCUCUAUGAAUAACUGGAACCGUGUGGUUCAAGGAACUGAACCUAGGUACAGUGAUUUGCUUCAUCAAGCCUCAGUGUACGGUGUAGCUACUGGUUAUUGCAUCUCAGCUUCUCUUCUCACAAUCAUCAACAAAUGGGCAAUCAUGAAAUUCCCUUACCCUGGUGCACUCACCGCUCUUCAGUACUUCACAAGCGUGGUCGGUGUCUUACUCUGUGGCCAGUUAAACCUCAUCGAGCACGAUCCUCUCAACCUCGUAACCAUGUGGAGGUUUCUUCCUGCAGCUAUCAUCUUUUACAUGUCACUUUUCACCAACAGUGAGCUUCUACUCCACUCUAACGUCGACACUUUCAUCGUGUUUCGUUCUGCUGUCCCCAUAUUCGUCGCCAUAGGAGAGACCCUUUUCUUGAACCGGCCUUGGCCCUCUUUCAAAACAUGGAUCUCUCUUGCUACCAUCCUUGGAGGAAGCUUGCUCUACGUGCUCACUGAUUACCAGUUUACCAUCACAGCAUAUAGCUGGGCUAUUGCGUAUCUUGUGAGCAUGUCUAUAGAUCUUGUCUACAUCAAGCACGUGGUUACGACCAUAGGGUUAAACACUUGGGGUCUUGUGCUUUACAACAACCUCGAGGCUCUUCUCUUGUUCCCACUUGAGCUGGUUAUAAUGGGAGAGUUGCAGAAACUAAGGCAUGGGAGCACUGAGAAGCCUGAUUGGUACACUUUCCCAGUGGUGUUGCCUGUGGGACUAUCUUGUUUAUUCGGUUUGGCCAUCUCUUUCUUUGGUUUUUCGUGCCGCCGAGGGAUUUAUGCUACAGGGUUUACGGUUCUUGGCAUUGUGAAUAAACUGUUGACGGUUGUGAUCAAUUUGGUUAUAUGGGAUAAGCACUCGAGUUUCACUGGAACUUUGGGACUCUUGAUCUGUAUGUUUGGUGGAGUCAUGUAUCAGCAGUCCACAAGAAAGAAACUGAAAGGUGUACAAAAAGAUAAGCCGCAAGAACAAGUUGGUGUACAAAAGAAACUGCAAGAGAACGAGGAGGCUCAUAAACUAUGAUCACACACACGAAGCAACAUAUACAUGCUAAUCUUACAUAGUACUUGUGUAUUGUUCUCUCUACAAAAAAAUAAAAUACUAUUUUAAUUUCCCAAAGAAGAAAAUGAUAUAAUACUCCUCAUUCAAAUGCAUGACUAACAGAUUUAAGUCA